AUGGACGGUGGCGGCAAAGGGGCGAGGGGGGCAGGCAGCGACGCCUGGAGAGUGAUGGUGCUGGAUGCCCGGGCAACCCGCGUCAUCUCUUCCGUCGUGGGCAUGUACGACAUCAUGGAGGGCCACGUCACAGUCGUCGAAGACUUGCACAAGGCCCGGCAGCCGUUUCGAGAGAUGGAAGGCGUGUACCUCGUGGCGCCCACGGCGGAAUCUGUGGAGGCGAUAAAGCGCGACUUCAGUUCCCCGGCGGACGCUCUGUACUCCAAGGUGCACUUGUUCUUCUUGGAGAGGGUGCCGCCGGACCUGCUUCAGAGCAUCAAGCAGUGCCCCACCCUCGUAUCCCGACUGAAAACCUUCAAGGAGAUCAACAUGGACUUCCUCGUGCCCGAGAUGCAGUCGUACCACUUGGACAUGGGCAGCCUGUCCGGGGCGGGGGAGGUAGAAGCGGCGGCGCACUUCCGAGAGCUGUACGGGGGCAGGGGACAGGGUCGUGUGAUGGCGUCGAUAGCGCAGAGGCUGGUGACACUGUGUGCAACGUUGGGGGAGUUCCCACACGUCAGGUUCGCCGCAGAUGGCGGGGGCCGAACGGAGGGGGUGGCGAGAACGUUCCAGGCGAACAUGGAAGAGCUGGUGUCCAACUCACCGACUUGGACCUUCCGUGGACAGGACAGCAGAGCCUCGGACGGUGGUCGAGCGACCCUUCUUCUCUUGGACCGUGCGGACGACCCGCUCUCGCCGCUGAUGCACGAGUUCACCUACCAGUGUCUCGUCGAAGACCUCCUCGGCAUUAAGGACGGGCGCGUGACCUACACGACGGAGACUGGGAGAGGAAAGCAGAAGAAGGAGGCCCUCCUGACUGAUUCCGACGCCUUGUGGGCAGAGUUCCGCCACAAGCACAUCGGGAAGGUCCUGACCGACCUAGGUAACCGUUUCCGCGACUUGGUGGCCAGCAAUGCCGGAGCCGCGGCGUUGGUCAAGGGCGAAGGCCGACAGAUGUCGGUGGAGCAAAUGGCUAAGGCGACACGGGGCCUCCCUGAGUUCCAGGAGCUGAGCAAGAAGAUGUCGCAGCACGUGCGCCUGUCGCAGGAUUGCAUGGACAAGUUGGAGAGGAAGAAUCUACUCCAGGCUGGGGCGUUGGAGCAAACGAUGGCACUGGGCACUGACGACCUCGGCAGGAGUAGAAAGUGCAAGGACAUCUUGGAGGGGUGGGUCAUCGAAGGCGGCGACGUGCAACCGGGCUUGCUCGAGAUCCUCAAGGCCUCGCGGACACCGGAGGAGAUGAAGCUCAGACUGGUGGGCAUCUUCAACGCUACGCAGACCAAGGCCACUUCCGACGAGAAAACGAGGGUUGUCAGGGCAGCACAGCUAGCCUCGACGUCAGUGCCGACGCUGACCGGAUUGGAAAGACUGGCGGCCGCGGCGGGGGUCGGCGGCGGGGUCGGCGGCUUCUCCGAUCCAUCCAGCGCCAAGAAAGGCAACAAGUUGUUCAAGUCGCUCGGUUUCGGCGCUUCCAAACAGGAAGAAACGAACGACUUCACCCACAUGAGGUAUAAAACUCCCCUGAAGGAGACCUUGGCCAAGAUGCUCUCGGGGACCCUCUCUUUCGACGCCUUCCCUUCCCUCUUGCCGAUGCCUCAAGAGGCGCCGAAGAAGGCGGUGGGACGCAGCAUCCGCAAGGGUGGUGGGCAGGAGGCGACAACGUACAGCGGAGCUCGAGUAAUCGUGUUCGUGAUCGGCGGCGUGUGUCACUCGGAGAUGAGGGCUGCCUACGAGGCAAUGCAAGAACACGGACGGGAGGUCAUUGUAGGCGGCACGACGUUCUUACCCCCCGCGGGCUUCUUGCAAGGCUUGAGCGGGUUGGCUUAGCACCGCACGGCUGACAAGGGACGGUAUCCGAGUUUUUUUUUUUUUUUCAAAGCAGUAAAUAGAUCGUGUCGUUGAACGCUACAAACUCUGCUGUCUGACGUAAUGAGUUAAGGUACCCCCCUGGGUCUGGUACCCGUCUGGCAGUGCAGCAAUCGCACGCAGGCCAAUGAGGUUCGCUGGGUAGGUAGCACUGGGCACUCGCGGCUGCUUCCGAGAUUCAACGUUUUCGUUAAAGUUUGCGUGAUCUCUCGCCGAGGUCCCUUGAAUCGUCAUCGAGGGAACGGACGCGAUGCACCACCCUCGACUUAAUUCUUCUCGUAGCCGGAAAAGGCGUGCGUUUUUUCCACUCCUUGGUGUUUGUGUGUGUAGAAGUAUUGUUGGCUCAAGAGGUAUUUUGCAUUGUUGUGUCUUCUACAGGUGGUAUCAUUAGGUUUGCCAUGCGAUUCAAGUUUUCCCCGACAACCAUAUAGUCUAACAGGGAGCUCAGCGCGAGAAUGGGGAGUGUCUGUCUGCUACAUUUUCGCUGGGGGCUUCAUUCAAUUGAUGGUUGGUGUGUUCGUUUUGUAGAAAUAUCCAUCGGAGUGUAUUUCAAGUGUUUCCAAGUGUUUGAUCUCAACGUAAAGUGUGCGUUCGCCUUU